AUGUUAAAUACAAUGUUUGGUUUGGAAUUUCCGGUAAGUGCAGGAAGAUGUACUCGUGGUGCUUUUGCUAGUCUUAUUCCAGUUAGUGAACAAGUUAGAUCUGAGUCAAAUUUUGAUUAUAUAUUGAUCAUUGACACAGAAGGUUUGAGAGGAUUGGUUGAUCCAAAAUUGAGAGAACAUGAUAAUGAAUUGGCAACAUUUGCUAUUGGUGUGGCUGAUGUCACGAUUGUCAAUAUCUUUGGUGAAAACCACAAUGAAAUGAAAGAGUUUUUGCAAAUGGCUGUUCAUGCUUUUCUGAAAAUGAAACUUGUGAAGGAGAAGAAGACUUGUAAAAUCGUCCAUCAAAAUGUUGCUGCCACAGACGCUGAAGAUAAGCUUAUAACAGAUCGGCACAACUUGAAACAAGAUUUAGACAAAAUGGCGAAGCUUGCCGCUAAACACGAGAACUGCGAAGAAGAGUUUCAAAAAUUAGAUGAUAUCAUUGCAUUUGACGAAAACGAAGACGUCUUUUACAUCCCAAGUCUUUUGAAAGGAAGCCCUCCCAUGGCUCCAAUUAACCCAAAUUAUGGUAGAGCUGUUCAAGAAGUGAAAGAUAAUAUAAUUCAUUUAAUGUGCUCGAAGGUACUAAGUAGAAACGAUAUUUCUGUAUUCCGUGAAAGGGUAAACAUGCUGUGGGAAGCUAUGCUGAAGGAAAAUUUCAUUUUCAAUUUCCGAAAUGUAAUUGAAGUUAGAGCUUUUACAUCUUUAGACAAAAAGUAUUUUGAGGAAUAUGUUAAAAAUUUGGUAAACGGAAUGGCUGAAGUUGAAAGAAAAGUACAAGUAGACUUGAAGAGAUGCACAACGCGAAAGGAACGUUAUGAACAAUGGAUACAAAGCAAAAUAAAUAUUCGUAAAGAGGCAGAAGACCUCAAGAAGAAAAUGGAAAAUUCUAUGAAGAGCUUUUUUGAAAGCAGUGAAGAUAGCUCAACCCUUGAACAAUGGAAGGAAAACAUAAUGAACAGAAUUUUGCAGUAUAAAGAAAAUCAUCAACUGACUGUAAUGAAAAGUUGUGAGGCCACUUUUAAUCAUUUGCAGCAGCGACAAGAAGUCGAAGAGAAGAAACUAAAAUACGAAAAACAGCUUCUUCAAAAAGCCAGAACUUUUAUUACGUCUGGUCAGAAUACAGAUGAUAUGGAAAAGUGCAAGGCAGCAUUUCAACAAGAAUGGGAACAAUGGAUCAAAGAGGUUCCUGCUUACGAAGAACAAAAAAAAGACGUAAAUAGUGAAAUGGUAGAAGUGCUUUGUGAUACGAAUCACGCUUUUGUUGUUGAUAUGAAUUCAAAACUUAACGAUAAGGAGUAUAAUAUUGUGAAUUUUGACAGGGUGGAUCCUUUCAUUGAUGCGAAUAAGCUUUCUAUACAGAAAUCUUUUUUACAGAAGGUUGGGAGUUUGGUGGGAUUUGGAAAAACUGAAGCCGUUUUUCUUGCAAAAAAUAUCAAAGACGAAGCUGUCUCUAAAGGAAUUGUCUUUGCAAAGAACACUUCGAAAACUGCUGUUAGAUACUCUCGUGAUCACCUAACACGUAUGUACCAUGAAGUAACCUCUACUAUAGAAAAAGCAGCUGAAAAAGAAUGCUUUAAAUUUAAGAAAGAGUUGAUUUGUGAUAUUUUAAUUUACACCUUUGCACGCACUGUUAAAAUUUUUGAUGAAAUGGAACAUCGCUAUUGUGAAGAACGAGAUAUCAGGCGCGACCUUCAACUGAACUUGAGACCAAGGCUUGAAACAUAUUUUGUUAAUCUUUGCAACGAAAUGGAGAAAGAAGUUUUGGCUGCUAACUCGCUGGUCGAUAUACUUCUUGAGCCUAUCAAAUCAGAGCUUAACAAGACUAUGGGACCUGCUGUGACUGGUGAACUUUUAACAAAGAGCAUGUUCCAAAGCAAAGGUCCUUAUCAUGCCAGUGUUUUAAUUCAACUUGGAGAACGAAGUAUGUUUAAAUUAUUCGUUCCGUAUUUUGAGAAUCCAGUUCAAUUUCUGGAGGGUAAAUUGCAGGAAUCAGUGGAAGAUUAUUGCUUAAACAAAGAACCUUCUUUGGUUCAAUUGUUGGUAGAGAAGGAAACGCAAAAGAUUGAGUCAAAUAUUUCAUCUGCUAUUGAAUUUGCCAGUCAGUUAGCAAAACAUGAAGUUGAACUAGAAGGUGGAAAGUUUAAAGUGAUAAACUGGAUUAAUCACUUUGUGCUAAAAUGUUCUACUCUUGCAAUCACGAAUGAGAUGUUUGGUGUGGCCACAAUGGAUGAAGAUUUGAAAGAUAUUGAGGUAUUCGACACAAAAAUUCGUCAAAGAGUUUCGGAAUUUGUGAAAACGUUGGCAGAAUCUGAUGUGCAUAAAGAAACUGUUAGGAAAUGGGAUCCAGCUCCACAUGAAAAUCUGUUCCCUGCAAUGUUUGGCUGUCAGUGCGUUUGUCCAUUUUGUAAAGGUUUGUGUGAUCAAACUAUUGAAGGCCAUCCAGGUAACCACUCAACACGAAUACAUCGUCCCCAGGGCCUGACAGGUUAUGGUGAUGUCGAAAGCAAAAUUUUAUCUUGCGGAAUUUGCACAUUCUACGUAGCUGGAGAAAGUAAAUUUCAAAAUCAUGCAACAGAUUGGAAACCACAUCCCUACAAAGAUUAUCAGUCAGUAAACGAUUACUACAAAUCGUGGACAAUUCCUCCAGAUCCUUCAUUUGAAGCUUCUAAGUAUUGGCAGUGGUUUAUGGUAAAGUUCUCAAAAGAACUAGCCGAACAUUAUGAAGCAAAGGAAGCAAUUAUUCCUUCAGCUUGGAGAAAAGUAACCUUCAAGGACGCAAAAGAACAACUCGAGCAGAUCUACAACCUCUGA